AUGGCGAGCCCCGGAACGCCGAAGCAUCGCGGUCCGGCGCGGUGCGCGGACUGCCAAUGCGCGAUCUUUGAGGUGCUGCAACAUCCACAUUUGGGGCUCAACCUGAAGCCAGGACAGAGAUAUGCAAGGUGUCAGCUGGAAGCUAAGUGCAAAGGAGAGCAAGACAAAGUGGUGAAGCUCUUGCGUGCGCUGAUGUCCUCGGAACUCUUCCGCCCCGUCCACCUCGCGCCGGACGCGGCAGAGGGCGUGGCAGAGGGCGCAGCAGUGGAAGACCCGGUGGAGGAAGCAGCUAGCGUGGUGGAGAUUUCCCCUGAGACUGUGGCGAGCUCGCCCCCUGCGACCCCAGAACCAAAGAAGUCCAGGAGGCGCAAGAGGUGGAAGCAGCCAGAGCUGAGUCCCCUCGCGUCCACUCCCACCACCCCGGUGAAGCGGCGGAACGAUCGUGGUGAGGCUGCACCAGAGACGCCUCCGCCUGUGCUGCGCCGGGAGCGGCAGCGACAGCGGGAUGCAGCUGCUCCGAGAGCGGCAGCGCCGGCGACGCCGCGGCGGGAGCUCUGGGGAAGUCCAGGGAGUGCCAAGGAUGGCGAGGUCACUCCAUGGCCAUUGUGGACUCCAGUCGCUGGCCUUUGCACCCCACCCAGCAAGCCGGCACCGAGCACGCCGCCGCCGUGGCCACAUCGGUCCCCUGCGACGCCGAAGAGUCCGCGGACUCCGAGCACGCGCUAUCCACGGACGGUGCAGAGGUUCCAGGAGUUGAAGACCAGCUCAACCGAGACACGCGUCCUGGCCUUUGAGAGUAUGGCGCUGCAAAAGACUCAGCAUAACGUUUUCAUGGAAGCUGGAAUCGUCAAUAUGUUGAUCAAACCAUCUUUGCAGGAAGCUUUGGCACUGAAGGACUUGGAGUUGGCUGUCGCCACUCUUUGCUUGGCCAUCGAAUUGCCCAUCACACCAUUGCAUCUGGUGGGGCUCCGUCAACUGGUGAAAGGCUUGCGGGAGAAGAUGCUCGUUCUCCGGGGUCUCCUUCGCCGGCUGCUCGCCAAUUCAGUGACGGCUGCUGCUGCAGCAGAAGAUGCAGCUGAUGACAUCCAUGAUUUCUUUGACGCCGGGUAUUGA